AUGGCAGAAUUCAACUUUACGAUUCCUAACAACCUCGACACGAACGGCACUCCUAAGAAGGACGUUCGCAUACAGGAUAUAUGUCCAGUGGAUGACCAGUUGGUCGCCUGUUCGCUGCCAUAUCACCUUCAGCACUACCCCCCUUUCACUCAAAAAUCAGUGAAAGCCAUUGUUGAGAUCCUCGACGAGCUACUCCCCGUUGCACAGCACCUGAUCAACGUGGAAUCGAAGCUUCAUAGUCUCGCAGAACUUGUCGAGGCAGAGGAGGAAUGCCAACCCUCCCUGAAAGGUCCAGCUUCUGCAUUCCUUGACGAUGACAGAUUCCAGCGCAUGGCCACCCUCCGAGGCGCUCUUACAGAUAAGACACCACCCUCUACAGAAUGGGCGGACAGUGCCGGCCUCAACGUCACAUUCGCGAUCUCGUACGUGGAAGUCAUGCUUAAAUAUUUUGAAAGCGCAUAUGAAGCGGUCGAUUCGUCGAGUCUUAUGAUUAUGCUCCAUAGCGCAGGGCAACAGGAACUGCGGGGCAUGCCUCUGUACCCAAGACGACGUAAGGCAGACGCAAAUUACAGCCCUUGGGAUCAUAAAAAUACGGAAUUCAAGAAGUUUAAGGUCCCGGGUGGGCCUUCCGAGGACGAGAUGAUGCUUCAAUUAAGCGCGAUCAAGUCAAGUAUGGAUGAGGACAACUCCGAUAAAACAGAUGAGGAAAUUAUCGCUGAUUUGGAGAACGUGCACAUCUGCGUGGAGGUCGCUAGCAGGCUUGCUAGUGUCGCAGUCGACGAAACAUAA